AUGUCGCAAAACGAUCUCGAGAAAACGUUGCUCUUCUGGUGUCAGGAGGCAACUAAAAACUAUGAGGCAGUGGACAUAAAAAAUUUUACCACCAGCUGGUCAGAUGGAUUUGCAUUUAAUGCUCUCAUCAAUCACUUUAGACCAAACUUGUUCAGCUAUGGCGAAGUGUUGGCUAUGGAAACCGCCGAGAUGCGGUUGCAGCACGCAUUUGACCUGGCAGCUAAGCACCUUUGCAUUGAGAAGCUGCUUGAUCCUGAAGAUCUAAUCACCCCUCGUCCGGACAAAAAGUCUGUGAUGAUGUACGUGAUGUGCCUUUUUCAGGUGUUGCCCACUCCGGCAACGCCGGCAACCGAAGAGGAACAGCAGUUUGCUGGCAAACACCAAUCACCUUCUGGUGGAACUAAAACGGCAACCGAUCAUCGGCCGAGCGACAUUCCCGUUUCAGUGUCUCACUCUGCUCCAAAACCGACGGCAAUUCCAAAGGCCGCCGCUCCUAAACGACCACCACCGGCAAGCUCGCACAUCCCCGUCCUGUCACCGGAUUUUCGCGAAAAGUCACGACCCAUCUCCUCAAAACGCGACCCGGCAGACUCCUUCGCCGGGACCUCAAAGAAAAUGUGCACCACUAGCUCACUGGAAACAACAAAGGACUCCGGCCAUGUGACCGCUUCCUUUUCCGCUUCGACUUCCACAGCCUUUGACGCGGCCACUCUGAACGAGUACCACACCGACAUUGAGGACAUCCUCACCUGGCUGUUGGGCGCGGAGGAGCAGCUGGACGGCAAUGUGGACGCCGAUAAUGGGCGUUUUGAGGUGGCCGCAGCAAACACUGCCGCCUCCGCCGCCCAACUUGAAGCGGAGCGACACGAACCUCCCAACGCCCUCAAUAAACUCCGCCACGAGCGCAUCAUGGCCACCAUUGAGGCGGCCGAGUACGCCAAGCAGCGCUUUGAACAGCACGAGGAGUUUAUGCGCCACCUGGCAGACCAGUACCAGAAGAUCAUUAAGACCUUUGACAAGGGCCAGCAGCUGAUCUACAGCAGUGACAAGUCGCUGCGAGGAGGAAAAACUAAUCAAGGAGCUGCGCCCAGCUCGGCUGCCAGCUUUGGUGGCUCCACCUCGUCCACCGGUUCCAGCAUUUCCGCCGGUUCAGCACCGACAGGCGACACUUCCGCCGCCUUUGACAUGGAGUCAAAACGGGUGAUCGCCCUGCAGAUGCAACUCCUCGACGACCGCUUCAAUCAGCUGCGGGCAAAGGCGACCAACCACCAGCACUACCUCCACCAGAUGCUCAUCAGGACGCAGAAUGCGCAGCUGGAGGAGCUCCGUCGGCUGAUGACGCAGACGGAGGAACGCAUUGCAGUGCUCAUUCCCGAACGGUUCGACGAGAUGCCCGCCGAUGGGCAGUCGCUGACGGCGCAGAUCGCCGACUUUGAGCACCUGCAGGAGACGAUGCUCGCCGAACAGGGCCUCCUCAAUCUCAUCUCCAAAUUUGUGAUAAUCGACAAUGCUGAAGAGGUGGGCGGCAGCUCAAAAGAGGGCGCCAACUUCCUUGACCAGCUAGAAGCGCUGAAUGAGCGCUGGGCAAACGCCUGUCAGAUCACCGAAAACCGGGGCAAGUUUCUCCACAAGUUGAACAGGGCUUGGACGAGCUUUGCCGCCGAGGAGGGCCGCCUCUUUGACUGGUUCAACCGGCUGGAGCGUCGUCUGGGGGAGAUGGAGGAGAGCAUCGACGAGCUGGAGGAGCGGUCAAUUUGCCUCGAUUCGGCCGCCAAAUCGACGACCCUCAGGCAGGAGCGCAAGUUUCUGGAGGACAUCAAGAAGCGCCUCGACCGCAUGCAGAUUGACAUCUUCUACGGGACGGAGAAGAGCCACAAAGUGCACGCUGGCAGGGUUGGAGAGGGCGCCGAAAUGGGCGCCGCCGAGGAUGAGGACGAGCCGCCGACGACGCCUCUCUCGAAGAUCACCCAGCUGACGCACGCUCUGCUGGGGCAGUUCAGCAGCGACCAGGGGACCAUCUGCUCCACCGUCACCCGCUCCAUUGAGACCAUUCGCAAUCGAUGGGAAACGCUGGCCGGGAGAAUUGAGCAGGCGACAAAGGUUGUGGUCAAGCGGACGGAACAACUUGAUCUGGCCAUUCUCCAGCAUCCACCAGCAUCCGAGGAGGCCCAGGAUGAAGUUGACCGCUCGGUGGCGCCUAAGAAGCCACCACGUGAGCUGCCCUUGCUUCAGAAGAUGACCACCGCGACUACCACCACCACUACCACUACUGAAGAAACCGUAGUCUCUAAGACUAAAGUGAUCUCAGUCAGCCAGUCUGCAAAACAGCCCGCAACCACCCCGACCACCCCAACCACACCCAAUCAAUCUACUAAACGACGCAAAGUGGACUUCUGCGGCGUCGUUGACUGGCAAAACAUGCUCGACUCGAUGAGCAAGUGGAUUGAAAAUAUGGAGUCCAGUCUCAUUCAACUGUCUGUUUCCGGGGAGCUUUAUGAGGGCUUUCCCAAGGGGGCCGUUCACCAGGUUGAGCCGCCGACCACCAGCUGCGGCGAUGCCGCGACCAACUUGAAGAUGUACUCAGAGUUGGUGGACAAGGCUGGAUCAGUGCAGAAGCUGCUUGCGAAGCACUUUGCUACCAGUAAGACGCCCAGUUCCGCUACUAUUCAGUCGGAAAUUGACCAGCUGGCCAGUAUGGAGGGUGACCUGGCAAAGCGGAACAAGGAUUUUGAGGACAUUGUUCAGCGAGGCGAGAAAAUCAUCAGUGACUAUAAAAAUGCAAACGAAGAGCAUGUCGUUUUAGAAGGCGUCCUAGAGACAUUCAAAAAGCGCUGGAGCACCCUAAAGUUUGGCUUGGAACGAAGCCAGCUGUACUCGCAGGUUUGGUGCUCUAUGCAGUCUAUGGUCGAGGAGAGCGCCAACAUGAAACACGUGCUAGAAAAGUAUCACAAGCGUUUCUCAGAAAAUGUGGCCAGCCUAAAGCAGAUCACUGAAAAGGAGGCAUUUGAAAGCCUACGUCAGCAGGUGGAUUUAUGUUCCAUUUCCAUUCAAGGACAGUACAGUAAACUGGAAGAGUUUGACGGCAAACUGUCGCAGUUGUAUUUGCAAACGCCAGCGUUGUUUUUCUGUUGGCCAGAACAGACAACUGGCGGCAAGAAGAAGUUUGCCUGGAAGCGACUGUCAGCAGAAAAAUUCACCACUAAGGUGAACAUUGCCCCGUUGCAGUGGAGCUGCUUUCUCCUCUCCAUUGAUCUUCUUUCACUGCACCAAAUUUGGUCCAUCAUGUCUGACGCCGGUCAGACGCUGAUUCAAAGCAUUGACGCAGCACUGGAAGGUGAUGAUAUUGACUUGAAACAGGAGACAGAAGACCGCAACACCAGCGCUGAAUCAGUGGAUGACAAAGAAGCUGAUUGGAAACAGAAAGACAACGAGUCAUCUGAAGAGCCAGAACAAAGCUCAUUUUCGAGCAAAGCUUCUUCAGCAUUUUCAGGCAAAGACGACGAUGAUGAUGACAUAGAUGAAGAGGAUGACGAUGAUGGUAGCCCCACUGAAAAGCUGAUGAUUGCAAUUGAAGCGCUCAAUUCGUGGCUGAAAAACGUCAUUGACGUCGUCGAGGAGUACGACGAGGACGAGUCUGAUGUUGAGGAAGACGAAGAGGAGAAGCAGGAGCAGGAAGAAGAUGCUGUUCAACCCGUCUCCCUUGGCUCCAACCGCUCCAAAGUGCCCGGUUCUAAGCUGAAAUCUCUGGCCGACCUGGCCAACGCAAUUGACAAUCGCGUCUACGUGCUGGCAGAUUUGCAGAAAACCGUCGACGCGGAGCAGGAGAACUACCACUUUGCCUGCAAGCGAGCGGCGGAGAUUAUCUUCGGCUCAGCCGCCGUCUCAAAUUUAACUUCCUUGUCGGAAAUUGAGGACCGCCUUAAGUCGCUCGAUGAAGCACCACCACCAUCAUCAUCACCAUCACCAGCUGAAGGACAGCAGCAGCUGAUCGAGUCAAUUCAAAUGCUAAUCAGCCGGUGGCACCUCGUCUUCGCCAAGUUCCAGACGCUGCUCAGCCAGCUCGAGGAGAUAUCGCCCUCGACGACGCUGCUCGAGCCGGAAUUCGCGCAAAUUAACCGCUGGAUCGAGGAGUCGGUGCAGUUCCUCAACGAGGCGAUCGCCGUCGGCUGUCUGGACACGUUGGCGGAGCAGCUGUGCGAGUGUGAACGCCUCAAGGACUACAUGGAGCGCUCGGUGGAGAAGAGCUUUCAGACGAUUCUGAGCACCGCCAAGGAGGCGGUGCGCAUCCUCCUCGGCGGCAAGAACAACUUCGAGGUGCCCGUCAUUGCCACCAUCCAGGAGACGUGGGCCAACCUGGGCCAGCGGACGCUGACUAAGCUGGACCGGUUGCGACUGGCGCAGGAGCUGACGCAGCGACUGAUCAGCUCGCUGGAGGAGCACCAGGCCUGGCUGAGGGACUUUGAGAUUGAGAUCUUGAGAGAGGGCGGCCGGGAGGUGAACGAGGAGGAGCUGGCCACGCGGUACGGCGAGCUGAAGGAAGACGCCGUAGAGGAGUUUAACUGGAGUUCGGCCAUUCCGGGGAGGCUGCAGCUGAAGCGGCUGCAGUCGAAGCGGUCGGAGUACCUGCGCGCCACCCUGGAGCCGCCCGAUUCGCUGCUCAGUCAGAUGCAGGCUUUCUACAGCGGCGGCGGCCAGUCGAAUCACGUUUUUGAUAAACUGAAGAGGCGCGCCAAGACGGAGGUGGUGCGCGCUUUUGACGCGCUGGAGAACAAGUUGAAAACGAAGAUCGCCAAAACGGAGGCUCGGCUAGGCAGCCUUACGCGUCUGGUAGUGCUGGUGGGGAAGGAGCAGGCGCAGCAGGCGCACUUCAAACGGCUGCUGGCUGAUGUGCAAACCAAACAGCGUAAGGCGAUGGAAAACACCGAAGACGCGCACAUUGCACUGAAAGACCUGGAGAAGGUUCUCACCGAGUCCAUGUCUGUUAGUCGUCAAAGUCGACUGGAUGAGAUUCAGAGCUUUCUGACGGCCAGCUCAGACUUGGUGCAGUUUUUGCUUGAUUCAAACCAGGAGGCAAUUAUUGAAGAUCAACAGAACCAACUGGAGCUAAUACUAACUGAAGACACUCGAUUGCGCGCACAAACGGAAGCCGAAGUGGAAUUGGUUGAAAAGUUUUGUUCAGACUGGAAAGAGUGCGACAGUCGUCUUUGCACACUGCAAAAGUGGUUUCAGGAGAACACCAUCGAGUCGGUUUCUUCAUCUGAAAUCUUCAGCAAACAGGAAGAGCUGCACUCAAUUAAAAAAGUGUACAGUGACAAGUUCUCCGCCUUCCGCACGGCCAAGUCUCGCCUUGAAACACACGUUGAGCUAGUUCAGCAGAUCAUCAAUGAGUUCACGCGUGAUCAACUGUCGCAAAAGGAGAAACUACCCAAGUGCGACAACUUUGAAGAGCAGAUCAGUCAAAUGGAGCAGUUUCUAGCCGACCUUGGCCUGGUGAUCAAUGAAAUGGAGGUGACGCUGGAUGAGGAAAACUUUCUCGCCCUCUCUCAAGAUCAGAGCUAUUGUCCAGAGUCGGAGCUGCAGCUAAUACCGGCCAUGCUGCAGAAGAUGCUUGACACAGUGUGCGUCAGCUAUGACGAUCAGCUGAAUGAGUUCAAGCUCCAGCUGAACACGCUAACGUCGAGCACCUAUGUGAACUCAAAGUUUGAAAAACGACUCAGAGAACUGGGCAAAACUCACGAGGCGCUGGUAGGCGCCCUGCAGCUACGCCGCUUUCUCCUCGAGGAGCUCAUUGAGCUGUGCGGCCAGAUCAACAACAAGCUGAUUGAACUGGAGGAGGAGUGCUCCAAGGUCUUCUCCAUCGACAAGGCCGCCGUGCAGGAGGCAGAUCUGGCAGAGAUGAAGCAAAGCAGCCAUAAGAUUCUCUCUGAUGUGUGUCUGCUGAAAGAGCGACUGGACAUUCACUGCAUCCGCCACUCGGAAAUACUGAUCGGCAUUGAAGAGGUGGGCGCUCGCUACGAUGAGAUCAUCACAGAGAUUGCCGAGCAGUACGUUGAUGUCGACGGAGAAGAGGAGGAGGAAGAGGAAGAGGAGGAAGUGCUCGAAAACGAGGGAAGUCUUAUUAGCGGCGAUGGGAACUCUCAGAGCAGUUCUGAGCAGCAAGUUCGCUACCGGCAGACCAAUUUGGCCUCCACUAGCUCCGCCGCCGCCGCCGCCGCUGCCGCUGCAGCCCACUUGAGCACCAUCACCGAAGAGGCGUUUUCCACUCCGCCUGUCGACGCCUCUACAACAACAACGACCACAACCUCAGCCUCAACAACAGCUGAAACAGUGGCGGUGGCCACCAAAACUAGUCAGAUCAUUCCGGCAAUCACCGUGUCCUCGCCGGCUAAAGAGGUGCCCCCCGUUUCGACGGCCGACAUUGAGACGGUGAGGGAGCUGAUUCGCCGUUGCCCGUACUCCGUCAAGCCGUACAUUGCCCAGUUGCAGGCGCUGGAACGCAAAAUAAACUCUAUCAGCUGCUCCACAGGGUUGACCUCGGUCGUCUCGCGGGGAGCACCGAAACUGUCGAUCGCCCUGGUUGAGGAUGAACUCCACCGACUGAACAAGUGUCUGAAUGAGGUGCGCGUCCCGUACGAGUUGGCGCUUUGUGCCGCCUCUGUUUCCGGUCUGAUGAUGGCCGCCAAUCCCAGUGACACCUCAAAGGCAGUCAAAGCAGACAAACAGUCAUCAUCUUCAUUACCAGAAAACGGUUCUUUACCAGUUGAACCUAGCUCAAAGUGGGACGAGUACAGCAGCGGCGUCGUCAGCUCUCUGACCGCUCUUCAGUCUGAGUUUGGCAUCUCCUGGAACCGCUUCCUCUCGCUGCACCGACACUGGUGGCUGGUGCGAGACGCAACGCUGCAGUUUAACUCGGAGAUCCGCAAGCUGGCCGACUGGUUCGAGAACGUCGAGCUGCAGCUGACCAACGGGCGCAUCACUACGGUGAACAUCGACGACACGCAGCCGUACGGCUGCUUCACCUUCGACGCCGACGAUCUCAACUACCCGAAUGUCGCCCGCACGCAGCGGCUGCUGAUUGCGCAGCUGGGCAGUCACAUUGCCAUCUACGCAAAGAUUCAGGUGCUCUACAACCGCCUGGUGGCCUGCUUCACGCCAGACGACGACGACGAGGACGAGGGCGCCAACAAAGGUGUUGGUGAUCAGAUGAUGAUGAACAGCAGCUCUUCUGCGUGGUCCUUUGAAGACCGGAAAGCGCUGCUCGAUGCGCGGAAACGCAUUGAGCACGAGUGGAGCCAGGUGAGUCAGCGCUGGAGGGCCAUUAUCCGCGAGCUGGCCUGGCGCCGAGAGUGCCUGGUGGCGUUGGCCGCCGGCACGCUGGUCACCUACGUUUCCGGCUACCCGUACAAGCGCGGGGUCGACGCAGACUUUGAUAAGGUCCUCGCUGAUUACCUGCGCUACGAGUCGGCAAGCAGCAGCAGCAGCACAGGCAGCAGCGGCUCAAAAACGUCUGAACCUGUUGUUGGUACCCACUGGUUCCAGCUGGAGCAGCUCACCCAGUGGCAGCGUGACACUGAGGAGGGCCUGGCCACCCUUCGCUCCACCUUCACCAUCAGCGACAUCGAGUCCUCGCUGAAGCUGUCAAGUCGGGUGCGCGAGUACCAGCAGGACCUGUCGCGGCAGCUCCUCAACUGGAUGGUCAUCACGCAGGAGCCGUUCACUGAUGCGGCCGUGGUUCGACGAGUCAGCUCGCCGCAGCACGGGCAAACCUUGAGCGCUGAGAAGCGGGCAGCCAUUGAUGACUCAUUUCAAAAG